CAACUCCUGUACAUGCUGGGCGAUGUCACCUGUCCGCUCUUUGAAAUCCAGUCGCAGCAGAAUUACUAGGAUUAACAUCUGGGUGCAUCCAUCAUCGGGCUGCGUUCCCAAUUUCCAAUUCAGAAAAAUCAACUACUGUAGAGCACCCUGUGAAGUUGGAAAGCCAUCUUGGAAAGUCACCGUCUCCAGCUGUCUGAAAUGAUUACCAGGAACUGCUAAGUCGUCCCCAGGGAGAAUCAUGACCACACAGCCAACUUCAGUUUCCAUCCUGAGGGAGUUCUGUCCUCUUUAUUACCUGCUGAAUGCUAUUCCUGCCAAGGUGCAGCGGGGCUUCAGAUCUGUCCUGGUCUACCUGACAGCUCUGGACAGCAGCUCUGAUUUCCUGGCAGUGGGGAGCAGCAUUGGCAUGCUUUACCUGUCCUGUCGUCGGGUUGCACAGAUGAACAAGUACAGUGUAGAGGGAAAAUGUGAAGCAAUCACAGCUGUGAAACUGCUCAGCUGUUUUGAUGAUCUGGUGGCUGCUGGAACAGCUUCCGGUCGGGUUGUAGUCUUCCAGCUGGUGUCUCCACUUCCUGGACGCAACAAACAGCUCAGGCGUUUCAAUGUUGUUGGCCACCAUAAAGGCUCUAUUACAUCUUUGACCUGGAGCGCCAACGGAAUGAAGCUUUUCUCUGGAGAUGACAAAGGACGGGUUGUGCUCUCUGCUCUGGACCUAGACCAGGGGGUGUGUCAAUCUGUGCUGCUGCUAGAGGAGUCGUCAGGUGUGGUUCAGAUGGAAUACAGACACCAGGUGUUGCUGAUCUCAACACAACAGAGAUCUGUUCUUUACUGUACACAGAAACAGGAAUUGUUGCAGCUGGGCACCAAACCCCGCAAGAGGACCGGCAGAUUUGGAGCUUGCUUUCUGCCGGCACUUUGUAAACAGAGCGAUCUUCUGGUGUACGCUGCCCGACCUGGACUCAGAUUGUGGAGAUCGAAUGUUAGAGGAGAGGUGGAGGACACUCAACUACUCAAAUCAUUUUUUGACAAACAGAUUCCUCAGUUUCAGUUGUUUCCACGUCCUGGUCCAGUUGGAGCGUACCGUCCAGCAGACCGACAGCUCGGCCUCCUCAGCUGUUUUCUCAGAGAGGGUUGGAUUCUCAGCUGGAAUGAAUACAGCAUCUACGUAUUUGACUGUCUCCAUGAGGUUUUAAUCGGUGCACUGGAAAGCAGUGGAGACAUUGUGUCUGUGUCAUCUUGUGACAAUGAAAUCUUCAUCUUGAAAGGUGACAGAGAGAUUAUCCGCCUUUCCAACAACCCAGAGGGAACUGCGUCAACCAUGCUUUCUGCUCAUCUGUCUUCACCUCUUACCACACCCACAAUUCUCCAACCAACUGGAUCAGUGGAAACAGUCCAGCCAAUCAGAACAAUGGCCAUCAUUGUAGAAGGUGGGGGUAAAGAGGACGCAGGAGGGAACGAGAGGCUGUCUGAGGAAGGAACAGAUGAGGAGGGGGAGGAGGAGGGAGUGGAAGAAGUUGAAGAGGCAGUGGAGCAAGAAAGCCCACUAAAGGCGAUGAAAUCCAGCCAACCCUCCACUCUGUUUAGCAGCUCCCGUUUCCGCAGCAGCUCUGUCACUGCUUGGGACAGCUUAAGUGCAGCCAGCCCAGGAACAACUCCGGUAAGCACGACCUAUGAACUGAGCUCCAGGCGCUACAGUGCCCCUAUAGAUGAGGAGAGGAUGCAGCAGAAGCUGGUGGUGAAACCCAUAAGAGUGAAGAAGAAAAAGAAAAAACAUCAAGACAUUUCCUUAGACCACAGUACUGGAAACCAUCUUGUUGAGAGCAGCUGUUCAGAUUCAGUGUUUGUAGUCCAGGACAACAACUGCAGUGAUGGAGAAAGUGGAACCCCUUCCAGUGACCAUGCCUUCCUCAUUGGUCUUGAUGUUGAGAACCAGGACACUCUACAACAGAUCCAUGACCAGAAGCCUCUGAAGACAGACGACACAGGCUCAGAAAAAUGUUUGAAAGAUGGGGAGGACGUGGAGUGUUCCUUCAACCAGUUUGGCUCCAUUGUCAAAACAGGGUCCCUGCUCCUUUCGGGUCUGAAGAACGACCAGAACCCAGAAACAGCUCAGAACGAUGGUUCAGAGGCUGAUGUUAUUCCCCCGACCCCAGAUGUUGAUCAGCUGCUGGAAUGCACCGUCGCUUACAUGAAGGGAGAAGAUGAUAGAGGACCUGAGCCCCAGCUGGUUAAUAAUGGCAAGUUUCCCCGCAAUCUGCCAUCCAGAGAUGAGACGGAGAACCACCCACUUCUCUCACCUGAGCCGGCAGACCAGAUGUUUCCCUCUGAUGUGACCAAUCUGGACAGGAAGCCCAGCAUGUCCAGCGAUGAAGAGGGAGACAUCUACUGUAACUCUCUUCCUGCUGCCAGUGGGGGAAACUCCCACGCCGGUUCAUCAAAAGAGGCAGAAAACACAACAGAAAAAGAUACUGAACAGGACUAUCAGGACAAGAACAGGCCUUACAUGUUGGCAGAAAGUUGGAUGGGUUACUCUGGACCAGGAUGUGGAAUAUUGAGUCUGCAGGUGACUGACAGGCAUGUGUGGUGUUUGGAUUUCAAAGGAGGAUUGUUCUGCAGCCCACUUCCUGAAACUGGACUCAGAUGGCAGCGCUUCGAAGACAAUGUCCACCAGGUGGCAUUAUCCCCUUCAGGCAAUUUGCUGUGGAAGGUGGAGCAGAAAACCAUGACAGCAUUUGCUUGUGCUAAAGUGUCGGUUAAGGGAAAACGUCACUGGUAUAAAGCUGCAGAGCAAACAGCCUUCGUGGCUCUGAGUGAUGACUCUGCUUGGAUCAUCAGGACCAAUGGAGAUCUCUACCUGCAAACAGGUCUGAGCGUGGAGCGUCCCUGCGCCCGCUCCGUGAAGGUGGACUGUCCCUGCGUCUUCAGCCAGGUGUGUGUGAGGGGAGGUGUGGUCUGGGCCUUAAGUGAACACAAAGCUUUAUUCUACAGAGAAGGAAUGAACAGCUACUGCAGCGAAGGAGAGGGCUGGAAGUACGACACUGUCAGUGAAGCUCAGGGGCUGGAGCUCAUUUGUAUUGCUCUUGGAGGUGGUGGAACAGCCUGGGCAUUAGAUGCAAGCGGCAGCCUCUGGUUUCGAACUGGCAUUUGUCCAUCCAAACCACAGGGCAAUGAUGACCACUGGUGGCAGAUCAGCAUUUCAGACUACGUUGUCUUCGAUCAAGGCAGUUUUUUCCAGACCCUGCUGCAAGCUACACACAGCGUUGCCACAGUAACCAGGGGCCCGGUGGAGCGAGUGGUUGCCUUCCUGUCCCAGUACUCACAGUGCCAGCCUAGCCUCGUCAGUGCUAAUGCCACUGGAGUGUGGGUGGCCUCAGGACGGAACCAGCUGCAUCUGGCCCGUGGCAACCUUGUGGGUACAUUUUGGCAGAACGUAGUCCCAAGAGGAACUGUGUCAGCCACCAGAUGGACUUUUAUUUCAUCUUCAUCUGUGCCUCAUAAAGAAGGUACGUUCCUGUGGUUGGCUCAGAGCAGGAAGGAUCUGUUCUGUGUGUGGGAUCGGGAUGGCGAACUUCGUCCGUCCUCUGUCUCACUACCACCAGAAGUGGAGCUGACCCACUUAUCCGCCUGUCGUGAUGCUUUGUGGGGUUUGGACAUUCAUGGCCAAGUGAGCAUUCGAACACUUUCACCUUCUUGCCCCAUCGGUUUGCAUUGGACCCUCUUGGACCUCAGCCAGCUUGGAAGUGUUCGUCUGGUUAAUGUCAGUUGUGGCAGCCAGAAUGUUUGGGCUGUGGACAGUCGAGGACUAGUCUACUUCAGAGUUGGAACUCAGCCUCUUAAUGCGAGCAUGAUGAUGCCAGCAUGGAUCUAUAUCGAACCUCCUUCACAGCCAAUAGGAGUACAGCUGGUUAGUAUCCAGACAAGCCCUAAUGAUCGUCUCCUAUGGGCUCUGGACAACAGGGGAAGUGUGUUUGUCAGAACUGGGCUAAGUGAUGAGAUGCCUGUUGGGACAGCAUGGGACCUUGUACCAGGGCUGGCUGUCAGUCAAAUGGUCGUCAGCUGUCAGACUGUGUGGGUUCGGUGUGUAAACGGAGAACUGGCUCGGCGUUAUGGCAUUUCUGAUCGAAACCCUGCUGGAGAUUACUGGAAGAAGAUUCCUGGAACUACUAACUGGUUUACUGUAACUCCAGAGGAGCAGUUGUGGGCAGUAACUCCCAUUGGAGGAUUGUGCCGUCGAUUGACAAAGCUCCUCCCACCGAUGCCCAGCGCUUCCCCGCCUUCAGGCCCCAUGCUUGGAGGAGAGGAUGUUGAAGAUGAAUGGGAGCUCAUCUGACCAGUGACAUCAUCUCUGUUUGGUGUUGGUCACUUGGAUCUGGAUUGUCUUGGAAGAACGUUGUGAUGUUAUUACUAUUGAUCCUCCCAUCUAUAACAUUUUCCCUUAGGCAGACAGGAACAAGAGUGAGUGAUUUCACAGUUGGACCAACUCUGAGCAGGCAAAUGACGUCACGUACUGUAUUGUCUGCUGCACAAGGCACUCUGGGAAAAAAGACUGGUGUAAAAUGAAGGGAAGUUUAUCUUAUUUUUUUAACAGGAAGCACUUUAACCUUAUUUAACUUUGCUAAUAUUUAUUCCAAACUAGUUCAGCUGUUCAAGUUGGUUUGAAAUCAGCUUUAGAUUUUCUUUUAGGUAAUUGAGAUUAGAAGACUCAAAUGAGACAUUAUACAGUUCAGUUUGAUUUAGUGGAACCUGACUUUUCCAUUUUAAGCUUUUUUGAAACCCUCCUUUUCUUGUCUUGACGCUCUCACAUGGUGCUGCAUUUAUGUCCUAGUUAUUCACUUGACUGUGGGAAGACUGGAAAAACCAAGUUCCUAGUCUGAUGGCUUCCCACAAUCAAAUAAAAACAAAGCUCUAUGUUGCCUUUUGGGUGUUGUUGUUCCGCCUGUGAAUCACAGACUUUACCUUUAGGGUUGUCAAUGUUCGUAUGUUGCAUCACUAUUGAAUGGGUUAAGGACUUUCUGUUAAUUUGACAGACUGGGACUGUUUAAGUUCAGAACUAAAAUCCAGACCCUUCAAACACUGUAUAUAACAGCCUGAAGUGGUUCUUGCUGUAGUUAAUGGCUAACUGAGAACAUGUAAAGACUAUUUGAGUAAAAUAUUAUUCAGCCUGCAA